AUGGCGAAGAAAAACAACCGGAGCGCUAUACAGAAGCGCUAUAACAUCGUUAAGAAGCAACAGAUGGACCAAGAGCGCAAGCGAGAGGAGCGACGCCGCUACAAACAGCUAUGCCAUGGAGUAACCAGUCAGCUUCGUUCUGUCAAUGUUGGGACCUCUUUUGCUACACCCUCCGAUGCGCCCAUAGAGGACGUCGAAAUGAAAGAUGCUAAACCAGCUGGACGCGGCUGUAAUUUCAUUAGAGGGCAACCUGAUGGCCACUUUUUAACAGCACGACGGAAAAAGGUUCUCAAACAAGCACUAAAGCGCCGCCGCAAAGUCGGCACAUGA